GGGAGGGGAAAAUAAAGCACGAUAGGAUGUACAUAGGGUAUGUGCUGUAUGUGUGUAUGUAUAUGUGUGUAUAUAGUAUGUAUUGUGUUGUAUUGUAUUGUACAUGCCUACAAGCAAUACAUACCUCACACAUCCUAUCCCAUAUCCUUGCCCCUACUGCCAUAAUAGCGUCACUUAUUUUGGCCCAAUGCUCGGCAUCAACCACUAUGUCCUGCACCUCAGCGCUACUACAUACGUAGUACGUAGUACUAUUGGGGAUCGAGGACUUGAGGCGUCCUUAACCAGGCCAAGUCCAUGCUAACCGACAUCGCUAGCUAGCUUAGGCCCUCUCCAGGCCUGUUAUACGCAUGUAAUCGUGGGAGGCAUAUGGAGGGAGUGAGAUGACAAAGAUAGGGAGGGGGCUUGUAAGAGAAGCCCGUUAGCUCGUCCUAGCCCCGGCCUUUCUUGGGCAUCGGGUGUCUAUCGAUACAUACGUAUCUGUAUUUCCUCUCACGGAAUUGCAUGCGUAUGUACAUACAUACAUAUCAGC